CCCGCAACUGCUUCCAACACGUCUUGCCGCGGUGCGAUGAUCAGCAGACGGGCGCCGGGGACCGGAGGAGGAGGAUACCAUGAAGGCGGUGGCGGCGCAGAGGCGGAGGGGCCCGCGCGUGGCGGUGCUGGCGCUCGUCCUCUGCUCCCUCCUCGUGCCCCUCGCCUUCCUCUUCGACCGCUCCCCCUCCGGGUACGUGACGACGGAGGAGCGCCACCGACAAGAGGUCGUUCUGCCUUCGUUCGAUCACGUGGAGAAGAGGGAUGGUCGUGGUGCUGUCAGUGGAGUGAGACAGGAUGCUCCGAACAAGAUCCCCAAAGGUAGUGCUGGAAUCGGUCAUCAGCAUAAGCAAAUCGAUCGCAACUCUUCCAUUGGUGGUGCUAAACCAAAAGUUCUUCCAGCACCAAAAGAUAAACCAUCGAAGGUUGUGGCAGAAUCAACUCGAGACACAAGAGAGGUUAGCAAAGAUAUAAAGGGGCAACAAAAAGGUGCAAAAGCUGAUGAAUUGGAAAAGACGAAAGCUUGUCAACUUGAAUUUGGGAGCUAUUGUCUCUGGUCCAUAGAACAUAAAGAGAUAAUGAAGGAUUCUAUAGUAAAAAGGCUAAAAGACCAACUCUUUGUGGUGCGCUCAUACUAUCCAAGCAUUGCAAAACUUCAAGGACAGGAUGCUCUUACUCAGGAAAUGAAGCAAAACAUACAAGACCAUGAGAGGGUUCUUAGUGUAUCAACAGUUGAUGCUGAUCUGCCAUCCUUUAUCAACAAGAGGAUAGAGCUGAUGGAGCAAACAAUAGCGAGAGCCAAAUCUUGCACCGUGGAUUGUAUCAAUGUUGACAGGAAGCUUCGCCAGAUACUUGAUAUGACUGAGGAUGAAGCUCGUUUUCAUAUGAAGCAGAGUGGAUUCCUCUACAAUCUUGGUGCCCAGACAUUACCGAAAAGUCAUCAUUGUCUUUCUAUGAGGUUGACAUUAGAAUAUUUCAAAUCACCUUCGUUGGAUUCAGAUGAUUCUCCUCCCAAGUUUAAUAAUCUGAAAUAUAGGCAUUAUGUUAUAUUGUCUAAGAACAUCAUUGCGUCUUCUGUCGUGAUAAACUCAACUGUGAGCAGUUCUAAGGAGCCAGGCAACCUUGUUUUUCAUAUCCUAACUGAUGCUCAGAACUUCUACUCCAUGAAACACUGGUUUGCCAGGAAUUCAUACAAAAAAGCAGCACUACAUGUCAUAAACUAUGAAGCCGUUACUUUGGAGAAACUGCCAAAGUAUAGUAUGCGGCAGCUGUAUUUGCCAGAGGAGUUUCGUGUUCUCAUUAGGAGCAUUAAGCAGCCUACUGAGAGCACAAGAGUGGCAUACCUGCCACUGUUCAGCCACUCGCAUUUCCUUAUUCCAGAAAUAUUCAAAUAUCUAAACAAGGUGGUUGUGUUGGAUGAUGAUGUAGUUGUUCAACGUGAUCUGUCUUUCUUGUGGAAUAUUGAUAUGGGGGACAACGUAAAUGGUGCAGUUGAAUUUUGUGGUCUGAAACUGGGUCAAGCGAGAAAUCUCUUGGGUAAAACAGCAUAUGAUCCUAAGUCAUGUGCAUGGAUGUCGGGGGUGAAUUUAAUUAAUUUGGAUAAAUGGAGGGAACAUAAUGUUAUGGAGAAUUACCUGCUACUCAUGAAAAAGUUCAAAUUCAAGGGUGAGGGAUCUCUGCGAGCAGCAGCAUUUCCUCUAAGCUUGCUAUCUUUCCAGCAUCUCAUCUAUCCCCUUGAUGAAAAGUUGACUCUGGCCGGACUUGGAUAUGAUUAUGGAAUUGAUGAAGAUGUUGCUCGGAGAUCUGCAUCAUUGCAUUACAAUGGUAAUAUGAAACCUUGGCUUGAACUAGGUAUACCGGACUACAAGAAGUACUGGAAGAGGUUUUUCAUUCAAGGAGAUCGAUUUAUGGACGAGUGCAACGUAAAUCCAUGACACAGAUGAACCUGAAAAUCAGAAAGAUUGACAAAUAGAUUGCUACAUUUACCGGCCUCACUAAAGUUAAGUAUCGGCUGAUUGGAUGCCUGUCAACCCCAAAAGCUAUGCACAGAAGCACAUUGCACUAGAACAACAAACACUUCUGUCGAACAGGAAAAGUGGCGCAGUUGGUGGCUACCAAUGUUGAAAGGAGUGGGUACAUGCAGCACAUCUCUGUUCAACGAAUUAACAUUCUUGAUUGCACAAGUCCGAUGACUAUGCAGCAGCAAGCAAGGAGGACGAGAAUUAUGCUUCAAGUAAACUGUCAACAAUAUUGUCCAGAUUAUUAGAUAGGAUUUUAUUUUGGGAGUCUUAGCACAUUUACUGGAACCGGUGUAUUACGCUCGUAGAUGUUGAUUUUUUUGUUUCCAUUUUCCUCUCUGCCAAUAAGGGUACACGUAUGUAUUCGUUAGUCAUACUUUUGUUCUUAGUUGUAGCGUAUUGAUUAUUUAUAAAAAUUACAAUCCUGAA